UGUUGAAGCUUAAAUGUUAAAUAUGUAGAAACAUGCAUGACAAAAUAUAGUCUUAAAAAAAACAAAUCUAAUCAUAAACCUCAGCUCCGUUAUACCUUUCUUUUUAACAGGCGUUCUCUUUCGGCAGCCUUACCGGGCACGAGGCACCUCUCUCUCUCGCUCAAUCCAAAGCCCAACUUACAAAAGUGACCCGAAAUUGGACCCUCUGCUACCCUGUAUCACUAUCCAAUGACCUUCUGGCACUUGUCUUACUCGCAUUGCACCUUACAUUCGUGUGUUAAUUCAACCCCAGUAUUUCACAUUUUUGCCCAAAGCAUUUGGCAACUGGAAAACACCCAAUAUCUUACCCGCUUUAGCUUCCGUGGGCCCUACGCCUGUUUCUUCUUCACCUCCAUGGCAAAGAUGGCUUCUUUCAUCUUUAACUUGCACCGAGACUCGAUUCCCUCUUUCCGUUCUCGCUCAAGACUCGAACUUCCUUCUUCGUCUUUCCUUUGAGGAUUGUAGAUGAAGAAGGCGAGAUAAGUAAAAGCUUUGCUUCUCCACUUCGCCUUCUUCGAAGGUUCAUCAAUGGGGAAAGAAGGCCUGAGCUCAUGGCUUUCAGCAUUCAAAAGAGUGUUCAUUUCUUCUCCCACUAAAGCUUCUAAUGCGGAUCAGGAAGAUAAGAAGAUAAAAAGGAGAAGCUGGGCAUUUCGAAAAUCUCUUGUGGGCGAACAACCGCUGAGAACCUUAUUGGCGACGGCGGCGGCGGCACCGCCGGUGGCAGUCUUGACGGCAUCACUAACAGCAGAACAGAGGCGGCGAGCCAUUGCGGUGGGCGUGGCGACAGCGGAGGCUGCGGCUUCCGCCGCCAAGGCGGCGGCUGAGGUGGUUAGGCUCACAAGCUCAAGUGCGAGUUUACUGAGGGAAGACGCCGCCAUUGUCAUUCAAACAGCUUUUCGAGGAUAUCUGGCAAGGAGGGCAUUAAGGGCCCUGAAAGGGCUUGUAAAGCUGCAAGCUUUGGUGAGAGGGCACAAUGUUAGGAAGCAGGCGAGCAUGACCCUGCGAUGCAUGCAAGCUCUUAUCCGAGCUCAAGAUCGAAUGAGGGAUCAGCGCCUCAGGCUCGCACAAGAAGCUGCAGUUGAUUAUGGCAGAACAGAGAAGAGAACUAAUGUUAGAGAUCACCGAAGUAGCUUCCUUGAAGGUUGGAACGAGCGCAGGCAGCACACAGUUGAGGAGAUUCGAGCUAUGUUGCUUUUACAUGGCAGCAAGGAUAUAGCUUUGAGGCACCAGAACAAUGCCCUCUCUCAUGCUCUGAACACUCAACAGAUUUGGAGAGACAGAUCAGGUUUACUAGAAUUCGAGGAAAAAGCAGAGCAGAAGGAUCGCCGGACAAGGAGAAGAGCAUCCACGGGGCAAAGAGACGCCAUCAAGACACUAGAGGUUGAUACUGGAUCAAGGCACCGCCAAGCUUCUUUAUCUCCAUCAACUCCAUCGCCGUCGAGCGCUCGGAGUUUGCAGAUGAGGUCUGCACCGAACUAUAUGUCGGCGACAGAGUCCACCAUGGCGAGGUUUCGGCCACAGAGUGCGCCUAAGCAGAGGCCGAUGACGCCGGAGAGGGAAUGGGUGAGCUCAACAGCAAGGAAGAAGUUAUUGUUCGAUCCUUAUUACGAAAAUGAUGGUUACAGUGGGAGGUUGCAAAGUCCGAGCUUUAAUGGAGUAAUAGGGAUGAGAGUAUCGGCGGAGUCAAGGUGGAAGACGGCGGAGGACUGGUGUGAAAAAAGCAGCGGAGAUGUGGCGGCAGUAGGUGGUCGGAGAUGGCUCCGUUGAUCGAAAGUGAGGGAUUUGGGAGUUGGUCAGUGCUGAGAAUCUUUGCUUUUUCAUUCCAAGGUGAUGGGACAUCAUUCGGAAAGCAGUCACAUCCGCUAGAAAAAUCAGUUUUAAGUUGAUGAUG